GCAGCGCGGGUGUUCGCGUCGCGCGGGUCACUUCCUUCCUCUGUCGGGAUGGGCCGCGCGGGACGGUGUGAUCGGCAUCGCGUUGGGCGAGUAAUCCCUAUCUGAUCUCUUGCCUGUGAACUGCCAACUGCCAGGGCGCAUGAGGCUGGGGACUGGGGCGGUGGGGCGAUGACCUGAUCCGGAGCCCGUCAGGGCGCCCCUCUUUGUGCCCUCCACCUCCCUUCACUCCCUGGCUCGCUCCCUGCCUUGCUCCCUCUGAGCCUGUGCGGAGACCUGCUCGGUGCGGCGCCCCGGGCGGACCAUGGCGGGGAGCUCCAGUUAAAGGCGUGUGGGCGCCGAGCUGGAUAGGACACCUUCGGCUUCGCUGCCUUGGAGGGGGCUUAUUUAAACGACUGAGUCAUUCCAGAUUUAGGAUUCCCUAAAUAAUCACCAACUGUGCCCAUCUCGUGCCGGAAAAGCCAGCGGAAAGCGAAAGAGCUCCCGCUCCUGGGACCCCGCGGAUAGCCUGUCGCGCGUUUCUCCCCUGGGGUUGCUUGGCCCUCGAGGAUCUCCUCCCUCCCCCUGUUUCCUCCCCCUCGCCGCCGGCUCUCUUUGCAGUGCGACUGGCGGCGAGGCGUACGCUCCACCGCUGGACACAGCUGCCUGCGCCCAGCGCGCCUUCCAAGACCCACUGGCUGCUCCCACUGGGCGCCUCUCGGGAUUCCAGAGCUGGGGCGGCCAGCUCCGGAGCACAGCAGCCGGCACGAUGCAUCCCUUAGAUGGCCUCAGCCUGCCGGGACGGACCUCCUAGUCACCAGACCUGCGGGCCGCAGGGAGUUAAAUUGCUGCCUUCCUCUCCUCCUCGCCUGCGGUUGGUGGGUUGUUUUCUAAAGGAACGUUUGCUUCACUUUUUAGUGUUUCCCACCGGGGACACGCGGCCCGCCUCGGUCCACACUCUGCUUUGUAAAAGGGUUUUUCUAUGUCUGUGUAAAUCUACUUCGGACACCUUACAACGCUGGCGCCUCUCCCACAGGGACAAGUGCUUGUUGUUUUGGACCUUCUUCCCCUCCACUUGGUACCCCGAAGGCAGUGUGAGCAAACUCCCCACUGCCCCCUGGACGCGGAUCGCCGCGGGGUGCAAGUUUGAGGUGCCAACGUCUACUUCACAAGGCCUGGGACCGCCCCGUGCCCGCCGCCAGCGGUCGGGGAAGUUUACAUCUGGAUUGUCACACAUUCUGUCGCCACUGCCCAGACUCUGUCUACCCUUGUGGGCACUGGGUUUUCAGCACUGCAGCCUCCUCAAAUAUUAGCACUGCCUCCCCUCGUCUGCCCUGCCUCUCCCAGCCGCCGAGGUCCUGCCCUCGCCCCGGCGGAGUGGGAUCCCGAGAGAGCAGUGGACUCUGGGCCUGGGGCGGCCCGCUCUGAGCAGCUAUGGCUGCUGCGAUAGCGAGCUCCUUGAUUCGGCAGAAGCGGCAGGCGAGGGAGUCCAACAGCGACCGGGUGUCGGCCUCCAAACGCCGCUCCAGCCCCAGCAAAGACGGGCGCUCCUUAUGCGAGAGGCAUGUCCUCGGGGUGUUCAGCAAAGUGCGCUUCUGCAGCGGCCGCAAGAGGCCAGUGAGGCGGAGACCAGAACCCCAGCUGAAAGGAAUUGUGACAAGGUUAUUCAGCCAGCAGGGAUAUUUCCUGCAGAUGCACCCAGAUGGUACCAUUGAUGGGACCAAGGACGAAAACAGCGACUACACUCUCUUCAAUCUAAUUCCCGUGGGCCUUCGUGUGGUGGCCAUCCAAGGGGUGAAGGCCAGCCUCUAUGUGGCCAUGAAUGGCGAAGGCUAUCUCUACAGCUCAGAUGUUUUCACUCCAGAAUGCAAAUUUAAAGAAUCUGUUUUUGAAAACUACUACGUGAUAUAUUCUUCCACACUGUAUCGUCAGCAAGAAUCUGGCCGAGCUUGGUUUCUGGGACUCAAUAAAGAAGGACAAAUUAUGAAGGGGAACAGAGUGAAGAAAACCAAGCCCUCAUCACAUUUUGUACCAAAACCUAUUGAAGUGUGUAUGUAUAGAGAACCAUCACUACAUGAAAUUGGAGAAAAACAAGGGCGUUCAAGGAAAAGUUCUGGAACCCCAACCAUGAAUGGAGGCAAAGUCGUGAAUCAAGAUUCAACAUAGCUGAGAACCCUUCUUCCCUCUCAGUCCUACCCUUCCCCUUGCCUUCCCAUGUCCUUCUAAUCUACUCACCCAAGGAGAGAAAAAUAAAAUGGCAACGCAAGACCUAGUGGCAAAGAUUUUGCACUCAAAAUCUUCCUUGUGUAGGACAAAAAAAGAACAAAGCUUGCCUCUUGCAAUGUAGAAAAUUCACAUGCUCAAAUUAGUACACCUAAAUCAAAGGAAAAAAAUCAGAACUUCACCUUAAAUGAAAAUCUUAUUAUUAAUAGUGGUUGAUUGUAAUAAAGACAUAACUUUAAUAAAGAUGAAAUAAAGUUAUCAUCUUGAAGGAAAGGGUUUUAGAAUAUUGGACUUUUCCAUGGAUGUUAUAGCUAAAUAGCUGAAACAUGGGCUAACUGUAUGCUGUCGGAUAUGGUUUGACUUUGUAUUUUGUUUAGAAACCUGGAAUCAACACUGACCUACAUUCUGCAUCUGGGAUUUUUUUUUCAUCUUGAAAUUAGGCAUUUAUGAUUAUAUAAUCUGUUGUGAUACCAGUAAGAUAUAGCCAGAAAGCAUGCAGCUCCAAGAAAAGUUUUAAACAUUAUUUUUGAAGCUGUUAUUUCAGAUUGUUUUAUGCAAAAGCCUAGUCUUACAUUGAAUGUAACAGCAUUCACUGAUUUAAUUUCUCAUGAGAAGUUUCAGAUUCUCCCAAGAUAUGUCAUAUUCUCAUCAAAUCUGUGAAUCCAAGAUCUUCUUUAUUUUGGAUAAUUUAGGGAAUGCUAAAGUUUAGAAUUCUCUUCCAUUACUGUGUCCAGGCAGUGUGGUCUGAAUUACUCACUCUUGCCUUUGGGUCUGACUUUGUGCCUUCCGGACACCUUUGAGGAUGUAGAUGUGUGGCUAGCUAUUUGAAGAGCAUUUUAGGCCAUAUUUUAUAGCAGGAAGAGCUGUUACACAUAAGAAAUAAAUCCUAGGAAAUGGGUCAAAGUAAAUUGUUUUAUUUAUAUAGCAUUUCCAAAAUCUGCCACAAAAUUGGGAGGUGGGGCUGUGAAAUUUCUAACAUAUAUAUUAUUAAACCAGUAGUUUAUUUCUUGCUUUAUAUGUUCUCAUUUGUAAGUCUAGUUGACAAUAAAUUCUAUCUUCUAGAACACAGAGGAAUGCCAGUAGUACACUAAAUUUCCAAGGGACAUAGACAAGUAGCAUUAAAAUAGCAGCCCUAACUUCAGGGGUUUUGCAAGUGGCGUCAAUAAUGAAAAAGAACUCAGUGUAAGAUAAGGCAAAUACAGUCAAAGACACUAAAAUAUUUUUUAAUUAAGGAAGAGACAUAAAUGUUACACAUUUGCAUUGAAAUAAAUAGAUCUGGUUAGUCCUACAAAUCAAGAACAGAAUAGAGACAUCCAAAUUGAAACAAAAUAAAUCAGAAUGAUAGCAAAUGUUUGCAGAUUUAUGGAUAUUAUCAACAAGAAGACUUAGCAUGUAACUUCUCCUAUUAUCUCUACUGUCCAGCAUGUAUUGUUCCAAAUAUGACCCUAAAAUAUAUACACUUUGCAGAAGCUCUAGGCUCUCACCUCAAACCUUGCCAUUUGGUUGCUGUAUUCCUUCAAGAUCAGCAUAGGUUCCCUCACUCUGUACAACCAUUAUUCUGCAACAGAAGUCUGUGUCCUUCACCAAGUAUCCUAUUUCUGUUUUCAGGGGUUUAGAGGAUGAAAUCAAAGAUUUAGUCACAUCAUUUUGGAAAGAUAGAUGCCAUGCAUUUAGACAAGAGUAUUGAGCACAGCUUGUCAGAGGUAUUUAUUUAAUCAAAAUAUUUGGGAAGUCAAACAGAAAAACAAAACUUUAAAAGGGAUGUUGCUGUUAUAGGAAAAUAAUAUCUUUGUAAAAAAAAUAAAAACCUGGCUGUAUAUUCCUUGUCACUCUUGAUUCAACAUGAUUAUAAAUACACAUGUCAUUUCCAGGACCAAACAAAUCCCAAGCACAAAGCCUUAUUUUCUUUGGAAAAAAAUAAUAAAAUAGAGACAUCAACAAAAUGGGUCACUGUUCUUUUCGUAUGAAAUCACUUGAGCUUUCGUGGUAAAACACAGAUACUAAUCAAUACGCUUGUCAAUUUCACAAGUAAUACAUUUGAUGGAAGUCACAAUCAUUAAUUCCACUGAUAAUUUUGUGAUGGGAUCUACUUUCUGCAACUAAGUGAAAAAUGUUAGAGACAUAAAUCUCAAACAAAAUCUCUUCACCUUGUCAGUCCUUUGUUACCUAGGCCUACGUUUGUCUCCUUAUCACUUAAAAAGCAGAGUUUCCAACUCAAAAAAAAAUUGCAUAUUGUGUUUCUCCAUAUUAUGUUAAGCAAAUAUUCAUUGCAGUAAAAAUGUUUUGGAAAUUAGCCUUGUUUCAUUUCCAAUUCAUUUCAAAGAAUAAUUUGGAACACUUGUAAUUGUUCUACACAUAUACGAAAAAAUCAUACUUCAGAGCACAGGGUGAAUGUUUGUGUAACUGCUGUCUGGUUCGAAA